AUGCCAGACAUCGAGUGGGGAUCUCACACUCCUCAAUCCCAGGUGGCGACGAUACAUAAACAUGGAUGGCUCAUUCUUUUGCUUCUCUUGGUGAUAGAAGCCAUCUUGCUUAUGAUAGAACCGUUUCGCCGUCUUGCAGGAGAAGACAUAAUGACAGACAUGAAAUACCCUCCUCUUAAGACCAACACUGGGCUCUUUUGGGCUGUCCCGAUUCUCGCCAUAGUGCUUCCGUUUGUCGUCUUUCUCGUUUGCUGCUUCACCUGCGACAACUUUCAUGACUUCCGUGCUGCGAUCUUGGGGGUUAUAUCUUCCGUGGUUUUGACUGCGAUGAUCACUGAUGCUCUGAAAGAUACUGUUGGACAACAGAGACCAGACUUGUUCUGGCGGAGUUUCCCUCAUGGAAUAGGGGUUUUUGAUCCUAUGAUGAAGGAUGUCAUCUGUCAUGGAGAUAAGGCUGUGAUAAAGGAAAGCUACAAAAGCUUCCCCAGUGGGCAUCCCUCUUGUGAGUAUACGUGA